GCUUUUGCAGCAUGUUCGACUACUUCGACUUCGAUUUGUCCAUGUUUUCGUACGUUUGGGUUUCAUGUUCGCUUCGCUCGCUACGCAAUACAGUAAUAAAAUAACUAAUGGGGAUAUGAUUUUGCGUGAAAGCUACAACAAAUAAUCGGAUAAAAGUAAAAGUUCCAACUGCGAUGACUAUAUUCCACGACGAGAUUGAAAUUGAGGACUUUGAAUAUGAUGAAGAUGAAGAAAUGUACUAUUAUCCUUGCCCUUGCGGCGAUCGUUUUCAGAUAAGUAAGGAGGAACUCAUGGCAGGAGAAGAGGUAGCAACAUGUCCCAGCUGCUCCCUCGUGGUCAAAGUUAUUUACGAUUUAGAAAAAUUCACAGCAGAAACUGAAGAAGUUCAUAAAGAUGAUGGAGAUAAAGAAACUGUGAAGGCAUAAUAUAAUAUUGAUGGCAAUGACAUAAAGGUACUACUCUUGGACAAGAGAAAUAGUGUGACUGAAGACAAUGGAGAUUAUUGGAUAUGUCAUAGCCCUUUUUGUUGACACACAUUAGAACAAGGUUCAUUUGUGUCUUGUGAUUUCUUUGUGAUAAAUAAAAAAAUUGCUAUGACAAAACUUGUAAGGCUUAGAGGCAAAUAAAGAACGGCAAUUAAAGUUAGUUGUACAACAUGUGAAAUAGAUUAUUCUGACACUUAGCCUAUUAAAUAUAAAUACAAUUAUUAUUUAGAAA